AGACCCAUAAUGCCCCGCCCACGUCCCACCAUCACGUGACAGGCCCAGCUCCAGUGUGUGGCGGUGGCCACCGCGGGGUAUUCAUCAUGGAGCUGGCGCCGCGGAGCUGUCCGGUACCGCGGUGGCUGCUCCUGUUCCCGCUGCUCCUGGGCCUCAGCGUGGGAGCUGUCAUCAACUUGCCGGCAGAAGAGGCCAAGGAAGUGUGGGGUUAUGUGACUGUCCGCAAAGAUGCCCACAUGUUCUGGUGGCUCUAUUAUACAACUAACUCCUAUAAGAACUUCUUAGAGCUGCCCCUGAUCAUGUGGCUUCAGGGUGGUCCAGGUGGUUCCGGAACUGGAUUUGGAAACUUUGAGGAAAUUGGACCCCUUAACAGUGAUCUGAAGCCACGAAGAACCACCUGGCUCCAGGCUGCCAGCCUCCUCUUUGUGGAUAACCCCGUGGGCACCGGCUUCAGCUAUGUGAACACGAGUGAUGCAUAUGCCAAGGAUCUUGCUGUAGUGGCUUCGGACAUGAUGGUCUUCUUGAAGACCUUCUUCGAUUCACACAGUGAAUUCCAGACAGUUCCAUUCUACAUUUUCUCAGAGUCUUACGGAGGAAAAAUGGCUGCUGGCAUUAGUCUGGAGCUUUAUAAGGCUGUUAAGCAAGGAACCAUCAAGUGCAACUUUUCUGGGGUUGCUUUGGGCGAUUCCUGGAUCUCUCCUGUUGAUUCAGUGCUCUCCUGGGGACCUUACCUGUACAGCAUGUCUCUCCUCGAUGACGUAGGUCUGGCAGAGGUGUCUGCCAUUGCAGAAAAGGUCCUGGCUGCUGUAAAUAGCGGGCAUUACAAGGAGGCCACCGAGCUAUGGAGUGAGGCAGAAUCGAUCGUUGAAAAGAAUGCUGAUAACGUGAACUUCUAUAACAUCUUAACCAAAAGUACUCCCAACUUGGCCAUGGAAUCCAGCCUAGAGUUCAUGCCAAUCCACAUGCCGAUCCACAUGCCGACCCACUUACGCCGCCUUUCUCAGCGCCACGUGAGACGCCUACACCAGGGCACCUUAAGUCAGCUCAUGAACGGCCCCAUCAGAAAGAAGCUCCAAAUCAUUCCCCAGGAUGUCUCCUGGGGAGGCCAAUCUUCUUAUGUCUUCACGAACAUGGAAGAGGACUUCAUGAAGCCCGUCAUCAUCUUUGUGGAUGCGUUGCUGGAAGCUGGGAUCAACGUAACUGUGUACAAUGGACAACUGGAUCUCGUUGUGGACACCAUGGGUCAGGAGGCCUGGCUGCGGAAGCUGAAGUGGCCAGGACUGUCCCAGUUCAGUCAGCAGAGGUGGAAGGCACUGUAUAGCGACCCCAAGUCCUCGGAAACAUCUGCUUUCGUCAAGUCCUACAAGAACUUGUGUUUCUUCUGGAUUCUGGGCGCUGGUCACAUGGUUCCCUCUGACCGAGGAGACAUGGCUCUGAAGAUGAUGAAGCUGGUGACUCAGCAGGAGGGCUUGGGCAAGCAGGCUGAGCCCUGGAGACAAACACAGGAGCGAGCCACGGAUGCUGGAGCUGUGGGAAACGUGGCCCACCCCUGAGUGCAGCAUGGUCUAGACUAUGAAGCCUCUCCCCGCUCCCACAAAGGGUAAAAGUCACUCCCUCUGCAGCAACUUGGAAGUUAUUUCUGCUGUUCUGUUUUGCUUUGGGGGUUUUUUUCCUCAGGUUUUUUGAGACUGGGUCUUGCUGUGUAGUACAGACUGAUCUUAAACUCACCUUAUAGCCCAGAAUGGCUUCAAACUCACAGCGACCCUCCUGCCUCAGCCCUCAGCCUCCCAAUCUGUUUUAAAAAAACAAAAAAUGAAAAACCAAGUUUUACAAAAUGGAUUUUUAAAAUCAAAAUGAAGCAUUGCUCUUCCUGUAAAACCAAACAACGUGAUUUACUAAAAAAGUGAGAAAUCAGUUAAGCAAAGAGCAGAAUCAAAAUCCAUGUGCUCUUUUCCCAGGAGAAGCUCAGUUUCCAUCUAGUGUCUGUCCCUGUGGACCUUUUUUUUUUCCUUGCUAUCAUAUACAUAUUUUUUUAAAUAAAAAUUGAAUCGUUACUCUAUGUUACUAUAUACUUUGGUCACGUAUCAGUAUGUCCUAAACACCUGUCAAUAAAUACUCAUCCAUAAUAUUGUCA